AAAGACGAUUUUAUCCGUUCAUCUAUAUAAUCGUUUAACGAUUUUUAUCAUCAAGGAAUAUGUCAGCAUCAGGAAAAUCUCUUUUGGGACUUUGGUUGUAUAGAAGUGGUGAACAGGAAUGGGCUUUAAAAGAAGGAAGUCCGAUACACAAGCCCAAAGAUUUUAUUAAGGAAGAAUCGCAUGAUGAAGCUAUCUUACCAACUUCUGAUCGAACUUCAAUUAUUUUCACUUUAAAACAUCAAGUGGGUGCAUUAGCACGAGCUCUACAAGUUUUUCAGGAGUUGGGAAUAAAUGUUCUUCACAUAGAGCUUCAUUCUGGAAAUGAAAAUGAAAUUGCAGAUGUGCUUGUCGAUAUUGAAUGUGAUUCAAAACAUUUAGAUCAUGUUGUUCGAAUGCUGAAGCGAGAAGUUCAAUCAGUUAAUUAUGCAACAGUUGUCACGAGUGAUGAUUUUCCUCCACCAACUCCAUUAUCUAAAUGUAGCAGUUUUGAUUUUGGGGAAUCAAUUUGGUUUCCUCGAAAAAUAUCUGAUUUAGAUCGAGCUCAAAAUGUUCUAAUGUAUGGCUCGGCACUCGAUGCAGACCAUCCCGGGUUUCGUGACCCCGUGUAUAGGAAGAGACGGGAACAGUUUGCAGCAAUUGCCAAUGCAUAUAAACAUGGAUCUCCAAUUCCUAAAAUUCAAUAUACGGCUGAAGAAAUACGAACAUGGGGUGUGGUUUUCCGUGAGCUUCAUAAGCUUUACAUAAAACAUGCUGUUCCAGAGUAUAUGGAAAAUUGGCCACAACUUGUAAAAUAUUGCGGAUAUCGAGAAGAUAAUUUGCCACAAUUGCAAGAUAUUAACGUUUUUCUUAAACGCAAAACCGGAUUUCAAUUGAGACCAGUAGCUGGCUAUUUAUCACCUCGUGAUUUUCUAUCUGGUUUAGCUUUUCGCGUUUUUCAUUGUACGCAAUAUGUUCGACACUCUUCAGAUCCAUUUUAUACUCCAGAACCUGAUUGUUGUCAUGAACUUCUGGGUCACAUGCCGUUGUUAGCAAAUUCAUCGUUUGCUCAAUUUUCGCAAGAAAUUGGUUUAGCUUCUUUAGGGGCGUCUGAUGAAGAUAUCAGCAAGCUAGCAACCCUUUAUUUUUUUACAGUCGAGUUUGGAUUAUGUAAGCAAAGUGACGGAUCGUUUAAAGUUUUUGGUGCUGGGCUGUUGUCUUCUGUUGCUGAACUAAAACAUGCCAUUACGACUAAAGAAAAAAUUAAGAAGUUUGAUCCUGAUGUAACAUGUGACGAAGAAUGCAUCAUCACAUCUUAUCAGAAUGCAUAUUACUAUACUGAUUCAUUCGAUGAAGCAAAAGAAAAAAUGCGUUCGUUUGCUGAGACCAUAAAACGACCAUUUAUGGUUCGAUACAAUCCAUACACUCAAUCAGUAGAAGUUUUAAGCAAUGCAAAAAAAAUUACAGCUGUUAUGAGUGAACUUCGUGGGGAUUUGAGCAUCGUUUCGUCAGCUUUAAGAAAGAUAUCAGCUUUGGAUGAAACGCUUGAUGUCGAAACGCUCUCAGGAUUAUUAUUGCAAGGAAUUCAACUUCCUGAUAAAAGUCCAGUCUCUGAAAAUUCUGAUAACUCACAGAAAAGUCAGUAAAACAUGUUUCAGAUAAAUUUGAUCAUUAUACCUUCCAAUUGAAAAGUUAAUAAUGUCUGUUCAGAAAUAUUUAUUGCAAUGAAUGUUAUAAAUGUACAUUUAAAGAAUUCAUAUGAUAAUCUAAUAAAUAUUUGAUCCAUCAGGC